UUUUGAAAGGAGAUGACUGGUUAGCUGGCGAGCAAGUGGGAUUAUACUGCAGCGGAAACCGUAGCCAGCUAGAUUAUGAACGGUGAAAGAUCCAGAUCGGGCUACCCCCUGUCCGGGUGAUGGCAGCUCGUCUGCCGUCAUAUGACAGCAACUCCAGUGAUACAGAAAACUGGGAACGAAAAACAGCGAGCCGACCGCGCAAACUCUGCAGGCAUUCAAGCAGCAGCCAAGCCCGUACGUCUCAAGUGAAGGAAGAACAUAGGAAGAUGAGCUUACAUGGUGCCAGCGGGGGCUGUGACCGCUCACGUGACCGCCGCCGCUCCAGCGAUCGCUCCAGGGACUCCUCGCAUGAGAGAGAAGGCCAGCUUACCCCUUGCAUUCGCAACGUCACAUCACCCACCCGCCAGCACAACAGUGAUCGUGAUCGAGAUGGCGGCUCGUCAUCGAGGCCCAGUAGUCCGCGGCCUCAGAGAGUCUCACCCAGCGGUUCCAGCAGUAGUGGGGUGGUGAGCAGUCGCAACAGUAGCUUGUCCAGCACCGAGGGCACUUUCAAAAGCUUGGCAGCUGGAGAAAUGGUUUUUGUCUAUGAGAAUCCUAAGGAAGGGGGAGCCGGUGGCACAGUUGGAAACCGAAACAUUCGGACCUCAGAGAGAGUCACUCUGAUUGUUGACAACACACGCUUUGUAGUGGAUCCUUCUAUCUUCACUGCACAGCCCAAUACCAUGUUGGGCAGAAUGUUUGGAUCUGGAAGAGAACAUAAUUUCACACGACCCAACGAGAAAGGGGAGUACGAAGUGGCUGAGGGGAUUAGCUCAACAGUUUUCAGAGCAAUUCUGGAUUACUACAAAUCUGGGAUAAUCCGUUGUCCUGAUGGAAUCUCUAUCCCCGAGUUGCGUGAGGCGUGUGACUAUCUAUGCAUCUCCUUCGACUACAGCACCAUCAAAUGCAGAGACCUCAGUGCCCUGAUGCAUGAGCUGUCCAAUGAUGGAGCUCGGCGUCAAUUUGAGUUUUACCUCGAGGAAAUGGUUCUGCCUCUGAUGGUGGCCAGCGCCCAGAGCGGAGAGAGGGAAUGUCACAUUGUAGUCCUUACCGAUGAUGAUGUGGUUGACUGGGAUGAAGAAUAUCCACCACAAAUGGGGGAAGAGUAUUCACAGAUUAUUUACAGCACAAAACUGUACAGAUUCUUCAAGUAUAUCGAAAACCGAGACGUUGCCAAAUCAGUUUUAAAAGAGCGGGGACUGAAGAAAAUAAGGCUGGGCAUUGAAGGUUACCCUACGUAUAAAGAGAAAGUCAAGAAAAGACCAGGAGGUCGUCCAGAGGUCAUUUACAACUACGUCCAGAGGCCCUUCAUCCGCAUGUCCUGGGAAAAGGAGGAGGGUAAAAGCCGCCAUGUUGAUUUCCAGUGCGUAAAGUCCAAGUCGAUCACCAACCUAGCAGCAGCAGCAGCUGACAUCCCCCAAGAUCAGCUGGUGGUGAUGCACCCUGGCCCCCAAGUGGAUGAACUGGAUAUCCUGCCUAAUCACCCACCUAGUGGGAACCACUACAGCAACAACUACAGCAAUGAGCCUGAUCCUGAUGCACCUUCACCUGCUGUCUGAGGACACGUUGGUCUUCUUUCAAUGCCUCUGCCCCUCUCCUACUCUUCUAGUCCUACUCCCAGCAUGCUGCAGCAUGGAGCGCUAGGGGCACCAUAACCAUAUUGCCUUGACACCUCCUUUGCAGCCUUAGAGCCUCAAGAACCUGGAUGACUGUAGGAAAAAAAAACACGAGGAACAUAAGACUGGUGAAAAUAACAUUUCACUAUUGUUUUCAUUUUGGGGUUUUUGUUUUUUACUUGACCAAAGGAAGGAAUCUAUUUUUGUUUGGGGGAAAAAAUCUGUAAAAAAAAAUAUUAUUAGCAAUUAUUAUUUACAAUAUUAUUGUAUCUUAAUUUGAUGGUUUUGACUGAGCACUCUUGUGGUGUCACUGUUUUUUCACAGGUUUUAUUUCACUGAUAUCUUAGAUUUUGAUUCUCUCGGGUGGCCUAACUGCUAAAUGGCUUUGAUGGGGAAGGAUACACAACUAGCUAAGGAGAGAUUACAUCUUUCUGGUCAUGGAGAAAAUCUGUUCUCACCACUUAGUCUCAUGAUCUCCAUUUGAACUCCUCUCAGAUGUCUUUGAUUCUUGUCAUGGGAUAUGUAGUCAUUGGCUGGAUCUGAUAUGUGAUGUUUUGCUCCUCCUGCAGCCAAGAUAUUAAGCAGAACACAGGCUGUUGUGGUCAGAAUCUUUUAUGUGCAAAGCUUGAAAUUGUUGUUUAAAAAUAAAACAAAAUCAUGAAAUAAA